UGUAAAUGAAAAAAUUGUAAACUCAAAUUUUAUAAAUGGCGAGUUCGUGAUUAAUUUUAUUUCCACUACACUUAAAAUUGUAUAUAGAUAGUUGUGUGUGUGUGUGUGUGUAUAUAUAUAUAUAUAUAUUUUUUUUUUUUUUACCGAGUCAAAUUUAAUAUUUUUUUUCGUACAGUGCAAGUCAACUUUCCAUUUUUUGUUUUUUUUUUUUUGGCACAUAAGUCAACUUCCAUUUCACCUAACAUGUAAAUUUAUUAGUUAUGAGUGAAGCAUCUUUUUGAACCUUAUAAAUACAUCGUGUCACAAAUAAUGUUCCCUUAUAACCAAUCAUUCAUGUUUCCUAGCUAUCUCUCUCAUCAUGCAAGAACCCGCAGAGUCCAGAAAAUGGGAGCGCAAGACAACCGCUGUGCUCAAAGCCUCAGCAGCCGAAAAAGUUUGGCCUCUCUUGGCUGAUUUCUGCAACUUACACAAAAUCUUCCCCAAACUAGCCACAUGUUACCAAGUCGAGGGAGUUUCCGGCCAACAGGGUCUGAUCCGGUACUGUGAAACUCCUCCUACCAAUCCCGCUGAUGAGUCGACCGUCAAGUGGGUCAAGGAGAAGCUACUGAUGAUUGAUCCAAUCAAACGGUGCAUAAGCUAUGAGAUCAUUGAGAAUAACAUGGGGUUUCACUCUUACGUUGCUACCAUGCAAGUAGUGCCUACGAACGACAUUGAUCAGGAUGGUGCUUACGGGUGCAAGAUCGAUUGGUCUGUUGUUUGUGAACCGGUCGAUGGAUGGAGAUCUGAAAAUCUUCAGGAGUUUCUUGAGUCUAAUCUUCAAUUGGUUGCAAAAACAAUGGAGCAUGCUCUUCUAUCUACUUAA